CGAAGCCGCCCAGCAAGCAACAGUUCAGAAGUAAUUGACGAUGGACAAGCAUUGUCUGCCGAAGGCAGCCUAGCGCCGCAGGCCAAGGUAGGUACGCCCGGCGCGGAUUGGAGGAACAGGCCGCGAGACAUCGCGAAGCCUGUUACGACAAGACGCGGUCUGGCGUAAACCUACCUUGUAAUGGUUACGAUUCUGAGAGUGAAGAUGAUGAACUAUUAACUGUUAAGUCGAGCAGAGAAAGUUUGUUUGACCGCAUAUGUAUGCAAAAGGCAGAAAUCAAAAGGCUCAACAGACGCCUGAAAGAGAAGGAAUUGCUGGAGCUAUCGAUAAAGGAGACUGCAAUUGCUGUGGACAAGUUCAGUGGUUUGAAGAAAGAAAUAGAUUCACUUUUGAUCAAGGCCUGCAAUGUGACUACCAAGGGCGUGGACUCAAAAGUCUCUGAAAAGGUGACAACUGUGACCCCUGAUCCAAAGAAGCACCACGACGUGGUAGCCGAUCAUAUGAUUGACUUGUCCUUGGAAAAAGAAAAUGAAAAUGAAUCGACCAUCACAAAGGAUCCAUUGCCUGAAGAGGUACCUCAAGAGACUUCUCGUGUAAUUGCUAGACAAACAGGCCAGCAAGCACAAGUUUCAACGGAAUGUCAAAUAAAAGAAGAGGUUCAUCUAAAGAAUGCAGAAGAAAAGAUUCGGGAUUUAGCGAAGGAUAUUAAAGUACCAAUGAAGAAGAAGUGUGGGGUGCAGAAGAUGAAGUCUGGCCGGUCAUUUACUAGGUGUGGGCCGAUUUAUGAAGAUCCUAAGAAAACAAUCAACUUUGGAUCCAGGUCCCUGCCCGCUUCAGAGGUUCAAAAGUUUCGACAUAAUACACGGAUCAGCACAAUUGGGGGUGACCUCUUUGAGGCAUUAUACUCUGAUGAGGAGAUGGCACUUUGCACCCUCACGGGCAAACCCUCUAACCGACAUAAACAAUACAUUCCCAAAAAAGCUCUAGAACCAGAGCCCAUUGAUGGAAUAAUAGAUUAUUUAUUUGCGUUCGGGGAAAAGUCCUUCACAAGGGAUGAAGUGGAAGCUGAGGUGAAGGCAGGGAUACGGCACCGUCUUCGUUACUACCUCAAGAAGCCGCAAUGUUUGGAAAUCCAAUCUAAAGUGACGCCUGUUACAAAACCGCUCAAGCCACAAAACUUAUGA